AAAAAAAUACAAAAAUAAAAACUUUUACAGUUUCUAUUUUCUCUCUCAAAUCCUAAUACGCUAUAGCUCCAACCGUGAAGGUCGCUUUGCUUUUGGGCUUUGGUAUUACAUGACAACCCCGAAGUGUCAGCGGGACGAUGCCCACGUCAGCUUCAGCUUCACCCUCAGCCACAGCCUCCGCAUCGGCCUCUUCGAUCGCCAUCGCCGCCGGCCGGAACCACUCCGACCUCCACGCGCGGCUCAUCUCAUCGGACGGUGAAGUCCAGCUCAAGGCUCUCAGGGAGCUCAAGAACCGGAUCAUCGGCAACCGUACCAAGAAGCUUUUGUAUAUUAAGCUCGGCUUAGUCCCGGCUGUAGCCGAUAUCGUUGCCUCCAAAGCCGAAACCAUAGCCGAUCAUGAAUCUAGCCUCCUCGUCCAGUCGGCUGCUGUGCUUGGUAGUUUCGCCUGCGGCUUCGAUGUUGGCGUUCGAGCCGUCCUUGACGCCGGCGUGUUUCCCUACCUCUUCAGGCUUCUUUCCCAUCCCGAUGAGAAGGUUGUGGAUGCUGGUGCACGUUCCUUAAGAAUGAUUUAUCAAUCAAAAUUGGCUCCUAAGUAUGAUUUCCUCCAAGACAAAAACAUGGAUUUUCUUGUUUCGCUAUUAAAUUGUGAAAAUGAAAAUGUUACUGGACUAGGUGCUAGCAUAAUCAUACAUUCAUGCAAGUCAGUUGCAGAGCAGAGGGCAUUGUGUCGGGCUGGAGUUUUAAAGAAGCUCAUUAGCCUUCUUGAUGGUUCUCUUAGUCAGAGAGAUGCUAGUUUAGAGUCUCUAGCCGCAAUUAUUAAGAACAAUGUUGAAGCUGUUUCAAAGUUUGUGGAAUCUGAAAGCACAAGAGCUUUAAGUUCUGUGAUUGAAUUAACAAAGGAUAGGUAUCCUCGAACAAGAUUAUUGGCCUGUAUAUGCUUGAUUGUUAUAAGGAACACUUCUCCUUGCUAUUUGCAAGAUAUAGGAAUCAAAACCAAGUUGGUGUAUCUUUUGCUUGAGCUUCAUGAUGAUCCUGGUCAAGUUGGAGAUGAAGCAUCCUUUGCUUUCUCUAGUUUAAUAGCAGAAAAGGAGGAUCUACAGAAGCUAGCAUUUGAGGCAAAUGCCAUUGAUAAACUUUACAACCACCUGCAAAAAGGUGUACUGCAUCCCAAACGUUUCCAAGGAAUAUUGUUGGCCUUGGCUGAUCUAUGCUCAAAGUUGGAGAACUGUAGGUCUAAGUUCCUUUCAUUGAAGGCGCUGAACUUGGUAACCAAUGCAUUAAAUCAUGAUAGUUCUGAUGUACGUGCUGCCGCUUGCAUUUGCUUAAGAAGUGUCUCUCGAUCAAUCAAGAAUUUGUGUGCAGGGCAUUUUAUGAAUGAAAUGAUUGUUUUUCCCUUAGUUCAGCUUUUAGAUGACCCCUGUACUUCAGUCCAGGUUGCUGCUCUCAGUGCUCUUGGGAACAUAGUCAUUGAUUUUACCACACAUAGGUCAGCAUUUGUACAAUGUGGAGGCAUGAAACAGCUUGUUCAGUUAACAAAGUCAAUGGAUUCAACUGUGAGGUCAAAUGCUUUACGAGCUUUGAGGAACUUAGUGUUCCUUGCAGAAAAAGUGUGUAAAGAAGGCAUUUUCUUGGAGCUCACAGCUUCCUCGUUAGCAAGCCUUGUUUCUGAUCCUGAGCCUUUUGUCCAAGAGCAAGCUCUUGGUCUCAUUCGCAAUCUUGUUGAUGGAUGUAUGAACUCUGUUGAGUUUAUUUUUUCUGAAGAUCGUAUUAUAUUGGAUGCUGUUGGAAGGCAAUUGCGGAAUGCUUCUAAAGCUGAAAUUGGGAAACAGGGAAUGUAUGUGCUCAACAAUGUUGCACGUGGGAAUGAACUUCACAAGGAAGCAGUAAUGCACCAGCUUAUUCCACAAACAGACAAUGGGAUGCAAUCUUUUAUGAUCAAGUUCUUGCAGAGCAAUGAUGGCCAGUUACGUACAGCUGCUGUCUGGACUGUAGUAAACCUCACUUUUCCAUCAAGUCCUGGUGCAUUUGAUCGGCUUGUGAGACUUAGCAACGCUGGCGUAGUUUCUCAAAUAGAGAGCAUGGCCAAUGAUCCUUGCCUAGAUGUAAAGCUUCGUGUAAGAACUGCAUUGGGGCAGUUCAGGACUUUUGGUAUUGGCUCAACAUGAUGAUUUCUCCUCUGCCCCUUGAACCCCUGGCAAAGAAAGAACUAGUGUUGCAGUUUGAUUUUUGAUCUUGACCUAUUUGUAUGAUAUUAUUCAGCCUUUCAUUGCGGCUUGCAUGUCCACGGUAAUGCUUCAAACAUAGUUUGUGUGACUUCCUUUUUGGCCAUAAGGGCUAUGACUAUCUUUCAUUAAUUAUCACUUCCAAAAUGGAAAUUUUUGUAUAUUUAUUGAAAUUAGAAAAGUCUGAAGUGAGUGGUUAGUUGCCUUUAUGGUAAGUGAUAACGUCGACAGUAGAUUAAGCUUAAGCUUUGGCUAUGACUCGAUGAUGGAUGGUGUAAUGUGGAAGCAAUUUCAACAACACUGCUAAUGAUAUUACUCGUAGCAGUUAAAAGUUUAUUAUUUUUCAACCA